AUGUCAUCACCCCUCAAAGAGAAUCAACACUCGGCUUCGCAACCAUUAUCUUGGCGAGCUCGACCGGGAUCUCUAUGUGCGGUAUCCCCUGUUGGUCUCAUCGUGGAACCCAUACAGGGAUUUAUGUACAGAGGAGGACGGAUCACGGAUCAUGGAUCUGACGAGUUGUGGAGGGAAAAUUUCCGUGCCUUUAAUAAUUCUUUCUCAAAAAAGUUUUCCCCAAACCCGGAGAUCGUUGAAGCAGGUGGAAAAGACAUGCCUGACAAAUUAUUUACAGAGCUGGAAGCGAGGAGUCUUUCGAGUUGUGGAAAUGUGACCACUCGGCGUCCUACUUCAAUCUGUGUGUUCACCGAUGAGGAAUAUCACGGUGAAUUUGUUCUGAACCUGACAACUGUAUGCCGACCAGGGGCCAAGCCACAAGGCACAACAUUAUUAACAGGUAGGACAAUCGGAGCAACCACAAGCGACGCUCUCGAAGACGAAGCGUCUACGAUCCAGGAGCUAUAG